AUGCCCUGCCUCCGGAAUUGGGCCCGCGGAGCGAUGGCCGCAGGCCUCGUGCUGGCCAUCGGUCUAAUUGUCUUGGCAAUUUGUGUGCAGCGACCGAAUGAAUCCGGCCAUCGGAUCACAACGAUGGAGAGAAAGUCCACAACUCCGAGCGGUGAUUUGCAAGAUUUGCCAGCCAAAGCGUUUUUUUUAAUCGCCACCACGACAACAACAUCCCCGUCGACAAGCACCUCCCCAGCACCACCGGCGGACACCAACAAGUCUUCCGGGUCAGUGGACAUGCGCCAAAUCCUCCGAGCGGCCAGUUCUACCACGGAGACAACGGCCUGGAAGACCCUGACCUCCCAUCCAAACUCACUCGUCCAGCUGCUGCCGUCGCGGGCCAUGCGAGUGGUACAGGAGGUGGUGCGAUCUCUGCGGAAAGAACGAGAGAUCGUUGCUACAACAACACUGGGCAAGGUGAGAGGUCGCUACCAAAAAUACCGAUCUGGAGAGCGGGGAGGCUACUACAGUUUUAGGGGGAUGCGAUAUGGAGCACCACCCACCGGUGCUAGAAGAUUCCGGGCUGCGGAGCCGGAGAAACCCUGGUCGGGCAUUCGAGAUGCUUCAAGGGAGGGACAGAGUUGCCCGCACAAGAACAUGAUCCUUGAUACCUUCAAAGGAGACGAGGACUGCCUCUUUGUCAAUGUUUUUACCACGCGAAUGCCCAAGGAAGAGGAGUCAAGUGAACAGACAAAACUUCCCGUGAUGGUUUGGCUGCACGGUGGAGGAUUCUCGUUUGGCUCGGGCAACUCUUUCCUUUAUGGGCCGGAUUAUCUUGUGGCUGAGGACAUCGUUCUGGUCACUCUCAACUAUCGAUUGGGUCCUUUGGGUUUUCUGACAGCCGGACCUGAUGCACCAGGCAACCAGGGUCUCAAGGAUCAGAUUCUGGCUCUCAAGUGGGUUAGGGACAACAUUGCUGCUUUUGGAGGUGAUCCAAAGCAAGUGACGAUCUUUGGAGAGUCCGCAGGAGCUUCCUCAGUGCAGCUAUUGCUUCUUUCACCCUUAGCUAAGGGGCUAUUCCAUCGAGCUAUUUCGCAGAGCGGCUCUGCCUUGAAUCCCUGGUCGAUGGCCGCCAGCUCUAGCCAACGUGCUGCCCGCCUCGCCGCCAAUUUAGGUUAUGUGGGUGCCAACAACACGGAAGAGAUCUUGGACUUUCUGCGCAGGGUUCCGGCCAUGAAACUGGUGGAGGCAGCGCCUACUACAAUAACGGCGGAGGAUCAGCGCAACAAUAUCGGUCUGCCUUUUGUUCCAGUCGUGGAGGGAUAUUGGAAUCAGGACUCUCAAGAAGAGCAGUUCUACGAGCAGCCUUUCCUUACCCAGCACCCCAGCGACAUGUACCACUCCCAGAAUUUCAACAGCGAUGUGGCCUACAUGACGGGAUAUAAUACACACGAGGCCAUGCUUUUUAUAAGAAGACUCCGUAAGAAUCCCCAACUGCUGCAGAUUAUUGAAAAUGACUUCGGUCGGUUGGUGCCUCAUGAUUUGAAUGUCACUCAUGUUCAUGACAGAGUAACCCGGGAAAUAAGGACAUUUUACUUGGGAAACAAGCAUGUGGGAAUUGAAUCUGUAGACGAGAUGAUAGCGCUCUUGACGGAUUUAAUGUUCCUACAGGGAAUUCGUCGCACGGCCCGGAAUCAUGCUAAGUACGGCAAUGCGCCGGUGUACAUGUACCGCUUCUCCUUCGAUGGAGCUCUGGGUCUGUACAAGAGAAUGCUGGGCAUUCCCCGACCUGGAGUUUGCCACGGAGAUGAGCUGGGCUAUCUGUUUAAGUUCGGCUUCUUCAAUCUAAGUCUGGAUCCCAAAUCGAUGGAGGUUCAGGUGAAGAACCGCAUGGUGCGAAUGUGGACGAACUUCGCCAAGUAUGGUACUCCAACACCGGAUACGGAAGAUCCAAAUCUGACCACCAAGUGGGCUCCCAUCGACCCCUCCAAUGUGAUGAAUAGUCUUAACUAUUUGGAUAUUUCGGCCAACCUGGCCAUGAAGACCAAUCCCGAACCGGAACGUCAAAGAUUCUGGGACGAGAUGUAUCAGCAUUACAAUGGUGCUGCUAUGUAAACACAAGGAUACACACGCACACUCACACAAUACCACAAACCUCACCCUCACAAACACACACAUAUUUCGUAUUGCCAUUUUGUGAAAGAUAGCGCGAAACCCAGAAUAUUUAAAUGCAAAUUUCAUUGUACAAUUUUCUUAGUUUGUAGCUAUUUUUAGCUAUAUUAUUAGCUAUAUUAUUUAGCAUCUAGUUCGUAAGUGUUCCAGCAUUUAUUCACACCCACUUCCACACGUACUCUUAUACGCAUUACCCAAAGUCAAGGUAUCUUUCCUUACUACACGUAUAUCUGCAAUAAUCAGGUGUAAAUAGUCAGAGUCUAUCGUAUGUCUAAUGCCAACAUAAAGGCUGGGCUCGAUCUUGGUAGCCCGGUCCCAACCGAUUU